UCUGCUCAAGAAUCAAACACAGAUGGAUAGUGUGAGGGUGUUGGUCGCAACAAGGAAGUGAUGCUGCUCCAAUUAUACACACACUGCUGUGACCCGGUACACCUGCUACUUUCAUAACAUCAGCUACAACUGACGAUCCAUGUAUGACCCAUAUUAACCUGACAUCAGACCACACAGCGAGACGUCUUUACUGUUACGAGGACAAGGAUGAGCCACUCGGAACCUACGAUGGUUCCUGCCCAGAUGUGCGUGGCACUGCUGGCCCUGUGGUGCUGUCUCUGUGUCUCCACAGCCACCGUCCUUUACCCCAAAACCCUGCCAUGUGAUGUGAGCGAGGCCACCAACGGCAGCGAGGUGAAGGUAGACUGCACCGACAGGAGCCUGACAAGAAUUCCCCCGGGAAUCCCCACAGACACCACCAAUCUGACGCUCACCAUCAACCACAUCCCUGGAUUGAACUCCUCCUCCUUCAACGGUCUAGAAAACCUGACUGAGAUUGACAUGAGGUGCAACUGUGUGCCCAUCAGAGUUGGCCCCAAAGACAACAUGUGCACAAAGAGUUUGACAAUAGAGGAGAACACCUUCACCAGGCUCGGGGUUCUGCGUGCCUUGUACCUAGACGGCAACCAGCUCUACAGCAUCCCCAAAGGCCUGCCCUCCAAUCUGGUCCUGCUGAGUCUGGAAGUCAACCACAUUUAUUACCUUUCUAAAGCCAACCUCUCUGAGCUCACCAACGUUGAGAUGCUUUACUUUGGUCAGAACUGCUAUUUCCGCAACCCCUGCAAUGUGUCCUACUAUAUAGAAGAAGGCGCUUUUUCUCAUCUGAACUAUUUAACCGUGCUCUCCCUUAAGUCCAACAACUUAUCUUUCAUCCCGCCGCGCCUGCCCACGAGUCUGAAGGAGCUGUAUCUCUACAACAACAAUAUCAAAGAGGUCACUGAUGAAGAUUUCAAAAACUUAACCAACCUGGAGGUUCUAGACCUUAGUGGAAACUGUCCCAGGUGUUACAAUGCUCCUUUUCCCUGUGACCCCUGCCCCAAUAACUCACCGCUGAAAAUCAGCGAGGGUGCGUUUAAGAUGUUGACAAAGCUGAAGACGCUCCGCCUGCACAGCAACUCUCUGACGAGGGUGCCCUCAGCGUGGUUUAAGCACACGAGUGAACUGAAAGUGCUCGAUCUCUCUUCAAACUUCCUGGCGAGAGAGGUUAGCAUCACCAGCUUCCCCAGGAAAUUGUGCAAUCUGGAAGAACUGGAUCUUUCAUUCAACUACGAGCUGCAGCGUUAUCCUCAAACCCUGAGACUGAGUGACUCCUUCAACUCUCUCACGUCCCUCAGGAUUUUCAGACUGAGGGGUUUUGUUUUUCAGCAGUUCAUGGAAGAAAGCAUUGCUCCUUUAAAACAUCUCCCAAACCUGGAGGUCUUUGACCUCGGCACAAACUUCAUUAAAAUGACAAACCUAAGUAUUUUUAUGGAAUUAAAAAGCUUUAAAAUAAUCAGUCUGUCGGACAACAAAAUAUCUUCUCCCUCCGACAGCCAGGACUCUGUUGGUUUUAAUGGAGGACAGUCCCAGGACUGGUCACCAAUGUCAGCUGCAUAUCAGUACCAAAGUGAAGAAUUCAGGGAAGUUCACUACUUCUAUUAUGACGAGUACGCUCGCAGCUGCAAAUACAAAGACAAAGAACAGGGUGUUGUUGGGUCUUUUGUCCAAAACGAGUGCAGUCAGUUUGGCAAAACCCUGGAUGUGAGUAGAAACAACAUCUUCUUCCUGCAUUCUAGGUUUUUGAAUCUCAACGAGCUGGGGUGCCUCAAUCUGUCUGGGAACGCCAUGAGCCAGAGUCUGAACGGGUCUGAGUUUUCCAAUCUGAAAAAUUUAAAAUAUCUGGACUUUUCCUUCAACCGCCUGGACCUGCUCUACUCCACUGCAUUUCAGGAGUUGAUCAAUUUAGUUGUUCUGGACAUUAGUUACAACAACUACUAUUUUGAAUCUGAAGGUUUGACCCACAUGUUGAAUUUCACCAAGAAUUUAAAGAAUCUCAAAAUCUUACUGAUGAAUCACAAUAAGAUCUCCACGUCUACUAACAUGGAGCUGGAGAGUGAAUCCCUGCAGAGGUUAGAGUUCAGGGACAACCGGUUAGAUUUGCUGUGGAGAGACGGGGACACUAGGUAUUUGAAUUAUUUCAAAUAUCUGCGCAACCUGACUGUCCUUGACAUUUCUCACAACAACCUCUAUUUCAUUUCCGAACAAAUGCUCAGCGGUUUGCCAGAAAGCCUGACUGAGCUUUACAUGCAAAACAACAAAUUGAAAUCCUUUGCGUGGCUUAAGCUGAACCUUCUGCCAUCUCUGCAGCUCUUAGAUCUCAGUGAAAACAGUUUGGUGAGUGUUCCGGUGCUGUCCGACUGCACCACGUCCCUCAAGAAGCUCAUUCUGACCAGAAACCAAAUCGCAAAACUCAAACAGGAUUUCCUCAAAGACUCCUUCAACCUAAAAUAUCUGGACCUCAGUUAUAAUUCCAUAAAGCACAUUGAACAAUCCAGUUUUCCAGAGGAGGUCGUCAAACACAUGGACAUGCUGCUGCUGCAUAACAACAAGUUUGUCUGCACGUGCAACGCCACGUGGUUUGUGACCUGGCUCAACACCACGAAGGUAACCAUCCCCAGGCUGGCCACGGCGGUGACCUGUGCAGAACCAGGGGUGCAGAGAGGUCAUCUUGUAAUCUCCGUGGACCUUCAAGCCUGCCAGCACAACUCCCUGUCCAUCAUUCUCUACAUCGUCAUGACCUCAGCCGUCCUCAGCUUCUUCACCUUGACCAUCUCCAGCCAACUUUUCCUGUGGGACGUUUGGUACUUGUACCACUUCUGCAGGGCCAAGUUCAAGGGCUACAAACGCCUGUACUCCCAGAGCUCCGACUACAACGCCUUUGUGAUGUACGAUAAAAUGGACACUGCCGUUUCUGACUGGGUGAUGAAAGAAAUGUGUGUUCAGCUGGAGAAAGAAGGGGAUCGUCACCUUAAACUGUGUUUGGAGGAACGGGACUGGAUUCCCGGAACGCCCCUGAUUGACAACCUGUCUCAGAGUAUCCACAGGAGCGAGAGGACCGUGUUCAUCCUGACCAACAAAUACAUCCAGAGUGGCAACUUCAAGACGGCCUUCUACAUGGCUCACCAAAGGCUGAUGGAUGAAAAGAAUGAUGUCAUUGUGUUGAUAUUUUUAGAGAAAGUGCCCUGCAAUUCAAAGUACCUCAGACUGAGGAAGAGGCUGCACAGGCGCUCUGUGCUGGAGUGGCCCACCAACCCCCAGGCCCAGCCAUACUUCUGGUUCAGCCUGAGGAGCGUGAUGGCCACGGAAAGCCACAAACAAUACAACAACCUUUUCAAAGAGACACUGUGACUGUUCCUAACAACGUAACGUCUCUUCAUUUUCAGUUG